GCAGCAGCACCAGAGUCAGUCCAGUCUGAAUGUGCCACUCCGUACAGACGGGCGAUUCCUCAUCUCGCUUUUCUUUCUCUCUUCAGUCCAGGAUGGCAAAAUAGCGCGGUGAAGGCGGAGAUAUCAGCAUCUGCGUAUAUGGGAGCCUGUUAUUGCAUCUAAGUUUAGUUUAGACUAGAGUUCAACACUCUAGACGCACGCUUAUAAGUGAAAAAAAUAUAUAAUAACAAUAAUGAAAGCGAAGCGAUCAGAGAUGUGGAGAGUCGGUGUCCUGCUGCUGUUCACCGGCUGCGUGUGCGCGAGUGUGCCGGAGGAACCAGCGGACAGAACGUCUCCAUCUGACGGCUACUGCAGCUGGAUAACGCGGGCACAACCGCACGGAGCCGGAGGCAGGAGAGAGAGCACCAGUGAAUUCAGGCUGAGAGUGGAAGGAGACCCGGAGCAUUAUCAGCCGGGCAGCACUUAUCGAGUUACCCUGUAUGCAACCAACCCUGCGUACUUCAGAGGCUUUACACUUAUUGCACUGAAGGAAGGGCACAAUGGUGACCAAGAGGAGGACUAUGCUGGAAAUUUCCAGAUAAUCGAUGAUGAAGACACACAAUUUAUGACAAGCUGCCCACCCGCAGUGACAGAAAGCACUCCACGCAGGAGGACAAGGAUACAGGUGUUCUGGACUGCGCCUCCAUCAGGCCAUGGCUGUGUACUGCUAAAGGCUAGUAUUGUUCAGAGGAAGAUCAUCUCAUUCCAGGAUGAAGGCUCACUCACGAAGCGCAUGUGUGAGAAAGAAUCGCUAUAUGGAGAAACCACAGACAAACCCCUGCUGGACUGCUGCGCCUGUGGAACUGCCAAAUACAGAGUCACCUUCUAUGGCAACUGGUCAGAGAAAUUGCACCCAAAAGACUACCCAAGGAGAGCCAAUCACUGGUCAGCCCUCAUUGGAGCUUCCCAUUCGAAGAACUAUAUAUUGUGGGAGUAUGGAGGUUAUGCUAGUGAAGGGGUGAAGCAGGUUGCUGAACUGGGCUCACCUGUCAAGAUGGAGGAGGAGAUCCGUCAGAAGGGUGAUGAGGUCUUGACCGUUAUAAAAAUGAAAGCACAAUGGCCGGCGUGGCAACCCCUCAAUGUUCGAGCAGCUCCAUCAGCUGAGUUCUCAGUGGACCGCACACGUCACCUGAUGUCCUUUUUAACCAUGCUUGGUCCCAGUCCUGACUGGAACGUGGGUCUGUCAUCCGAGGACCUCUGCACCAGAGAGUGUGGCUGGGUCCAGAAGGUGGUUCAGGACCUCAUCCCAUGGGAUGCGGGAACCGACAGCGGGGUGUCUUAUGAGUCUCCCAACAAGCCUACAGCACCUCAGGAGAAAAUCCGUCCCCUCACGAGUUUAGAUCAUCCACAAAGCCCUUUCUAUGACCCGGAGGGUGGUGCAAUUACUCCUGUGGCCAGGCUUGUUGUGGAGAGAAUUGCCCGAAAGGGUGAGCAGUGCAACAUUGUGCCUGAUAAUGUGGACGACAUUGUGGCUGACAUUGCCCAGGAGGAAAAAGAAGAAGAUGACACUCCAGAGACGUGUAUCUACUCCAACUGGUCUCCAUGGUCUGCGUGUAGCUCCUCGACAUGUGAGAAGGGGAAAAGGAUGAGGCAGAGGAUGCUGAAGGCGCAGCUGGAUCUCAGUGUGCCCUGUCCACAUACACAAGACUUUGAGCCCUGCAUGGGGCCCGGCUGCAGUGAUGAAGAUUCGUCCACAUGUAUGAUGUCAGAAUGGAUCACGUGGUCACCAUGCAGUGUAUCAUGUGGCUCAGGCUUGCGUUCUAGAGAGCGCUAUGUAAAGCAGUUUCCUGAUGAUGGCUUUUCUUGCACUCACCCCACUGAAGAGACAGAACCCUGCACUGUAAAUGAGGAAUGCUCUCCUAGCAGCUGUCUGGUUACAGAAUGGGGUGAAUGGGAUGCAUGCAGCGCCACCUGUGGGCUUGGCAUGAAAAGACGAGAGCGAAUGGUGAAAAUGCCUCCAUCUGAUGGCUCCAUUUGUGGGGCUGAAGUGGUGGAAGUGGAGAAGUGUAUGAUGCCAGAAUGCCAUACAAUCCCGUGUUUACUGUCUCUGUGGUCAGACUGGAGUGACUGCAGUGUAACGUGUGGUAAAGGCACAAGGAUACGUCAGCGGAUGCUCAAAUCAGCAGCAGAGUUGGGGGAAUGCAAUGAGGAGCUGGAACAGUUGGAAAAAUGCAUGUUGCCAGAAUGUCCAAUGGACUGUAUAAUGUCAGAGUGGUCUGAAUGGUCAGAGUGCAGCAAGUCCUGUGGAAAGGGUCACUUGCUCCGUACACGCAUGAUCACUCUGGAGCCUCAGUUUGGAGGAGAUCCGUGCCCUGAGGUCACACAGAGAAAAACAUGCAAGAUAAAGAAGUGUAAUCAAGGGGCUGGAAACAACGAUGAGAGGAAGAGACGCAAAGAAGACCGCAAGAAGAGGAGGAACAAACAGGCAGGAGAAGAAACUGCAGAUGAGCUUGCAGGAUGCAAAAUGAAGUCGUGGUCUGGAUGGACUGACUGUACCAAAGUGUGCGGAGGAGGCAUCCAGGAGCGGCUCAUGACAGCCAAGAAGAGAUUUAAGAACGCACAACUAACUAGCUGUAAAGACCGAAAGGAGAUUCGCGCCUGCAAUGUCCAUCCCUGCUAGGGCUGUACUGCAUGGGCUUGUGGGACGGGACCCAGUCUAAAUUAUGAACAGACUGUGACACACUGUUUUGCAGUAAUUUAAAGCACUCUGUCCAGUGAUUGGAAAGCUGCAACAGGUAGUCUGUUAUUUUUACUUUUUUUUAUAGAAUUUAUAGCGACCCAGGCCUGUAAAUGGAUGGGAAAGGAUGGAGGAGGGUGCUUAGAGUUGCAAUGUGCUGUACAAAUUCAGAUGUAUUAAUAUGCAUUAAUAUUUGAGAGUAACAGCCCUUUGAAAAGCUUUGAAGAGGGGAGUUACUUUUGAAGAUUGAUUUUUCACAAGCAGGACCGUGGCAUAUUAAACAUUAAUGUGUUUUGACAGGAAAUGCAAAACAAAUUUCUCCUUUUAUACUCUGUGAUCCAAACACACACACACACACACGCACACACACACACACACACACACACACACACACACACACACACACACACGUUCAGAAAUUAUAAUUUUCUCAAAAGGAAUGACACAAGGUCACAAGAGUCAAAGACUUCAAAGAGUUAUUUACUUUCUUUUUUGCUAUUUAUGACAUGAACAGGUCAGAGACAGAAAAACUGAUGUUCACAGUCACUCUGUAAUCAAAUAAUCAGAAGAACUACAUUUAGAUGCAUGCAAACUGCCUAUUUAAAAGUUUUGAAAUGCAAUGUUAAAAUGACCAUAUAUGUCCAGGGUUUUAUUGGUGUACUGUAUAUUGAGCCUGGUCUUGUUAGAACUUAGGUAUUAGUAUACAUUUGCUAAAAAAUAUUUAUACUUUUUUGUACAUUUGAAAAGAUAUUAGAAUGUACGAUAUAGGUACACUGACAGAAAAAUAUAUAUAUAAAUAAAUGCAUAAAGAAAGAAAGAAAGAAAGAAAGAAAGAAAGAAAGAAAUUCAAAGAUCUUUUCUAAUUUAUUAUGAAUGAUGCGUGCGACUGUUUAAAACAGUAAAAAUACAUGGGAAAAAACUUGAUUUAGAAAAUAAGUGAAACUUGUUACUUUACGGAUACUUUUAGAGUGUAGAUACAAGAAAUGCUCAGCAUAUAUAAGUACACCCCGCACAAAUAUAUCUUUAAAUUCAUAUUUUUAAUAGGAAGCUAUACAAUUUUAUAUUUGUGCAUACACAACAAAUCUGGAGCUUAUCUAACGAAAUAACUUACGAUAACGGUCCAAAAACUAGUACACCCAUAUUUAUAAUGUUAUAGAAAAUAUUAAAUACAAAUUUAAAAACGAGAAUUAAUCAAGAGAA